AGUAAAACAAUAAUAAUAAAAAGUUCGAGUGCUGGAUCUAUAGGUUUGCUACAGUGAAAAAAAAAGAGUAUUUAAAGCAUUUUUUAAAGAUGGAACCUGCAGUGUGCAAAAACAGACGCUUUCUCAUUGCUGCUCUAAGUAUGUUUACGGUCAGUGCUUCCUACUGUUUUCUAAAAAAAUCGAACAUACCAUCUAUUGCUGUUUACUUUGGGACCAAAGGUCGAUAUGAGGAGGUGAACCCACAAUUAAUAGACGAUAUUUUAUUCGUAAAUCAUUCCGCGGUGAGAGCUCCAGCCGCCGGCUGCCAGGCAGUGCACUUAGUGGCGGUGAUCAGACACGGCACGCGCUUCCCUACUAAGAAGAACAUCGUGAGGAUGCGGCGGCUGUACGAGCUGGUGAUGGCCGAGGCGUCCGGCGAGCAGCAGUGGCUCAGGGACAUUAAACAGAAAUGGAAGAUGUGGUACACUGAGGAUAUGGACGGCAAACUAGUAGAGAAAGGCAAAGAUGACCUGAGACAUUUGGCCGUGAGGUUGAGCAAGUCGUUUCCGACACUAAUUUCAGAGGAAAACCUGCGGCGAGAGCGCGUGGAGUUCAUCAGCAGCUCCAAACACAGGUGUGUGGACAGCAUCCGGGCCUUCCAGGAGGGACUCCUCAACCUCUGGGACGUGCGAGAUGUGGGUUUCAGACACUACGUGAACGAUUCACUCAUGCGCUUCUUCGAUCAGUGCAAAAGAUUUGUUGAAGAAGUUGAGCAGAACAAGACUGCGCUGAAGGAGGUCACGCUUUUCAAAUCAUCUCCGGAGAUGGACGAGGUCUGCAGGCGGAUGGCCAGUCGCUUACAAAUUCCACACACUCAGAUGACACCAGAUUUGGUUGAGGCUGCUUUCUUCUUGUGCGCUUAUGAGUUUGCAAUCAAAUCCAAGAAUUCACCGUGGUGUAACCUGCUGGAUGAGUUGGACGCACAGGUCCUUGAAUAUAAAAAUGAUCUGAAACAGUACUGGAAAAGGGGAUAUGGCUACGACAUUAACCGCAAAUCAAGCUGUGUCCUCUUCCAUGACCUCUUCAGGAGACUCGACCAGGCGUCAUAUGACUACAGGUUUGGAGAGGUAACUAAGGCAGUUACCAUCCAGCUGGGCCAUGGUGAGACUCUGCUACCUCUGCUUUCUCUGAUGGGUUUCUUCAGGGAUGAAACACCACUGACGGCUAAGAACUUCCCCUUUCAGCUUAGUCGCAAGUUCCGCUCCGGUCAAAUAGUGCCUUACGCCGCAAACCUGCUUUUUGUCCUGUAUGAGUGCCCAGAUGGACUCAGACUACAGUUUUUCCUCAAUGAGAAACCUCUGUCUUUUCCUAACAUAAGCGAACCAGCUCCAUUGUAUGAAACAGUUAGGAACCACUACUCUGACCUCCUGGGUGGGUGUGAUUUUCAGAAAGAAUGUAAAUUGCCUAAAGAUAAAGUCAAGAACUCUGAGCUGUGAUGUAGAUAAGGAAAUGUUUGAACUGACAGUGAGCAGAAAGAAAUCAUGUGUAAAGGAAUCAGAGAAUGCAAAAAUGUCCCGAAAAGUUUUUAUUGGUUAAGAUGAAUGAGAUAACCAAAAUAUGUGUGAUCAUGUUGGUGACCAAAUAUGUAGUUUAUUUAUGGUUUAGGGGUUUUUUUUCCUUUUUUUAGUUGGAAAAUUUCUUAACAGAAGCCAAAUUUAAUUAAGAACUGUAAGGAACCAAAUAUAUUUCUACUGAAAAAAAGACCUUUCUACUGAUAAAAUAAAUAAAAAGGCACCUUUUUUAUUUAAGGUGUGUACUUUUCAAGCAAACAGUAUGGUUUGAUGUCUUAGUUUGGUUUGCAUUGACGUGGGCUGUUGUGUGAAUGCAUACCGUGAUGGUGGUUGUGUCAACAUUCUUUUA